GCAGGUAGGCUGAUCGGGGGGCGUAUCUGUCACUUCUGCCCAGGUGAUCCACUUUCCUUUCUCUUCUCCCGCCAUGAGCGAACCGUGCGUUUCCCGACCUUUAUGAACUACCCUCGGGCUUGCUUGGGUUCGAGGGGAGCCGCUGCUGUCGGGGCCGGGGCUGGAGGAGGGCUGAGGGGGCCUUUAAGAGGAGCCUGUCAUCCGGUCCACGUUUUGGGGCGAUCGGGUCUGGCCUCUCCGGGGCUGGACGGUGUCGGUGGCCGGGGGACACCCCCAGCCCGGCGUUUUGCGCCCACAAAGUCCGGUGUCGGGCCAGUUAUCUUCAAACACGCCAGCCCUCAGGAUCCACGUCUCCAGGAGUAGGACAGAAGCAUGACCACGUCCAAGGACAUGGUGACAUUCAAGGACGUGGUGGUGGUCUUUACAGAGGAGGAGCUGGGGCUUCUGGAGCCUACUCAGCGGAAGCUGUACCGGGAUGUGAUGCUGGAGAACUUCCGGAAUCUUCUCUCUGUGGGAGUCAAGAUCCAAGAAGAGAUGGAGCAUGUUCCAGAAGCAGGGCCCUGUGAAGAACUCGCCUGCUGGUACAUCUGGCAGCAAGUGGUUCGUGACUUUCAGAGAUGUCAGGUGGCCAUGGUCAAGAAGGCUCAAUUCCAGAAACAAAGGGGCUCUCUGGGCCAGGUGGGGCCAAAACUGUUAUUAAAUCAACCAGACCUGAAUCUUUCCCAGAGAAGCCGGUCAAAAAAGUCCUUCAAUGACGUCUCCAGCAUUGAGCUUCCUCAGCCACUGGACCUUGGGGAAAAGUCCUACAUGUGUCACGAAUAUGGAAAAAGCUGCUUUUCCAGUUCCAUUUGUCACUUGCCCAAGAGAGUGCACCCAGGAAGGAAGGUUUGUCAUUGCAGUAAGGAGCUCAGGAAGAGCUUGCAUCUGCCAUCACCACAGAAAGUUCCUACCGGGGCCAAACCAUUCACAUGUCAGCAAUGUGGGAAAGCCUUCAACCACCGAGCAACGCUGAGCGAUCACUGCAAGUUACAUGUGGGAGGGAAAGUAUAUAAGUGCGAGGAAUGCAGCAGGGCCUUCCUGCAUGCCUGCCAUCUUCGCUAUCAUAUGAGAGUCCAUACUGGGGAAAAACCGUUCACCUGUGGCAUCUGUGGCAAGACCUUCCGCCGCCGAUCGGUCCUCAACAUUCAUUACGGGGUCCACACUGGAGAGAAGCCUUACAAAUGCGAGGCGUGUGGGAAAUGCUUCACAUGGAGCUCAAACCUCCGCAUCCAUGAGCGGGUGCACAGCGGGCAGAAGCCAUACCAGUGUAACACCUGUACGAAGAGCUUCUUUUCUCGCUCCAGCCUGAACCACCACCAGAUGGUCCAUACCGCCGACAAGCCUUUUCGCUGCCAGGAAUGUGGGAAAAGCUUCCGGUGGUCCUCACACCUCCUGACCCAUCAGCGUGUGCACAGUGGCGAGAAGCCCUUCAAAUGCGGGGUCUGCGAGAGGGGCUUUGUGCAGAAGUCACACUUGCAGGCGCAUCAGAAGGUGCACAAUGAUGAGAAGCCCCACAAAUGUGAGGCGUGUGGGAAGCGCUACAAGACAAGUGUGGACCUGGACAUCCACCAGUGUGUCCACACUGGCGAGAAACCCUACGGCUGUAAAGUGUGUGGGAAACACUUCAGCAAGGCCUCCAACCUGAAGCUCCAUCAGCGCAUCCACACGGGCGAGAAGCCCUACAAGUGUGAGGUGUGUGGGAAACUCUUCAGCCAGUUGUCCCACCUGCAGUCGCACCAGCGUGUGCACACAGGGGAGAAGCCAUGCCAGUGCGAGGUCUGCGGCAAGCACUUGUGCUCCAGGUCCUACCUGAAACUCCACCAGCGGAUCCACACGGGAGAGAAGCCAUACAAGUGUGAGACGUGCAGUAAGGUGUUCAGCCAGCUGUCCCACUUACAAACCCACCAGCGAAUUCACCGCAGGGAGAGGGCAUACAAGCAUGAGAUUGAGUGGUGAUCGUAUGGGGCUCAGGACCCAAGUCUAAAGUUUCCAGUUGACACCCAAUGGAGCAAGAGCAAUAAGGACAAGGGGGAGGGAGAGGCCUAGUAUGCUCUCCAUAGGAAUCCCUGAGCCCCACCAGGAGUAAUCCCUGACCUCAGCCAGGUGUGUCACAGAAUAGUUCCUGGUCUUGGAUGGUUUUACCCAGUCCAGCUGGAGGGGGACCUUUGGUUCUAUGAAAUGGCUCAGCCAGAGAGCUGUGGGACCUGUCAGAGUGAGGCCAUGCUAUGGAGAACCCUAGUUCUGGGGUGCAGGAAGUGCUUUGUCAGGAUCUCACAGUUAUAUUCACAUUCAAAAUACAGGUCUUGGGUAUAACUUGUGUGGAUGUUUUGAAAACCUCAAAAGAUGGACAUACGGUAGGUCAUAUUUGGGUUCAUUGCUCCACUGGGUGGGUACAGCCCUCCUCGAGAAUAAAGGUAAAGAUGACUAUUAAAGGUAAUGUCUAAGAAUGUCAUUUUCCUGCCAGCAGGAAGUUUGCAGCUGUUUCUCACAUCAGCUGAAG